CAACUCUCUUUUCAUUAAUUGGCUGUUACGAACUUGCAACAAAUAGGCACCUUAUUUGCUCCUUCAGAAACUGAUAUCCUCACAAAAAACUCGUGCACUAGCAAACACUAAGCCUUCAAUUCAUACUUAUUUAAGAAACCAGAUUUCCCAUCUUAUAUAUUCGGAUUUUGAAGCAACCCCACCAAUUUUCUUCCAUAAUGCCUGCAACUGCAACAUCAAGAGUGGAAGAGAUCCCAACUGACAAACCAUCUCAGUCACCUUCAGUUUCAUAUCCCACCAAGAAAUGGCCGGCCAACCUAAUACAGAUAAUGCUUUCAGAGCUGAAAAUACAGAGAGGACUAGCACUUCCUUUGGUGGCCAUGAACUUAACCUGGUUUGUGAAGAUCGCGGUGACUACAGCUUUUCUAGGCAGGCUAGGGGAGCUCCAGUUAGCUGGUGGCACACUCGGUUUCACCUUCGCUAAUGUCACAGGUUUCUCCGUCCUCAAUGGACUUUGUGGUGCCAUGGAACCUAUCUGUGGUCAAGCUUUUGGAGCUAAAAACUUCAGGCUCCUUCACAAGACACUUUUGAUGACCAUAAUCUUGUUACUGUUAACUACACUGCCUCUUUCUUUCCUAUGGCUUAAUGUUGAUAAAAUUCUAAUCCAUUUUGGCCAAAAAGAAGACAUUUCAGCAGUUGCAAAGACAUAUCUUUUCUAUCUUCUCCCUGACUUGGUUGUCACUUCAUUGCUAUGCCCUCUCAAGGCCUAUUUGAGCUCUCAAAGCAUAACAAUCCCCAUUAUGUUUAGCUCGGCUUUAGCGCUUGCUUUUCACAUCCCCAUCAAUAUCUUUCUUGCAAAAGCUAAGGGUCUUGAAGGGGUUUCAAUGGCAAUCUGGAUAAGUGAUCUCAUAGCUGCAAUCCUUCUAGUCUUGUAUGUAGUGGUGAAAGAGAUUAGAAAGGGAGGGAAAUGGAAUGAGGGAGGCUGGUGGGAUCAACGUGUUGAAGACUGCCUUAGACUGCUCAAGCUUAGUGGACCAUGUUGUCUUACCACCUGCCUUGAAUGGUGGUGCUAUGAGAUUUUGGUCUUGCUUACCGGAAGGCUACGAAAUGCCAAGCAGGCAGUCGGAGUGAUUGCUAUCGUUCUGAACUUCGACUACUUGCUCUACUCUGUGAUGUUGUCACUAGCCACAUGUGCAUCCACUCGUGUAUCAAAUGAGCUCGGUGCAAAUCAGCCUGUUGCAGCCUACCAGUCAGCAUACGUAUCACUUGCAGUGAGCACAAUUUCUGGUUGCUUUGGGGCAUUGGUAAUGGUGGGUGCAAGAGGCGUUUGGGCUCCUCUAUUUAGCCAUGAAAAAGAGAUCAUAACAGGAGUGAAAAAGAUGAUGUUGCUAAUGGCAGUGAUUGAAGUUGUAAACUUCCCCUUAGCUGUUUGUGGAGGAAUUGUUCGUGGAACAGCUCGACCAUGGUUGGCGAUGUAUGCCAAUCUUGGGGGCUUCUAUCUCUUAGCUUUACCGUUGGGUGUUGUACUGGCCUUCAAAGCUGCACUUGGACUGAGCGGGUUAUUGCUAGGAUUUUUAGUUGGGAUGGCAACAUGUUUGGCAUUGUUGUUGAUGAUGGUAGUGAGAAUAAGGUGGCAUGAAGAAGCCGAUAAGGCGCAUAUACUUGCCUCUGAUGGGAAUCUGGAAACAGUUAACAAGGUAAAUGACAACGAAGUACGAACAUCACACGAUGAUAGGAUUGUUAGAGCUUCAAAGCAAGCCACACAGCAUAACAUAGACACUAACACCAAUCUCCAAUCUGCUUUCACCCAUUAAGUGUAAUACAGAGGAAUUUUUAAUCCUCGUGAAUUAUCAUUCAGGCCUAUUUUAAUGAGCCUAAAUUCUACAUAUGAAGAACUUGAUAUGAUCUUGAAGAAUGUUGCAAACAAAUAUUUGAAGAA